CACCAGCGCGCCAUUAGCUCAGCUCGUCUCUUCCCCUUGGCGCUCGCGUGCAGCUGAAGCUUCCACAGAAGCUGCCGUCAGAGCAGAAAGUCUCUCGAUGUAGCUCUCGGGAUUCCACUUCUCACUUGGCCAUUCUUGUCUCCCCACGCUCGACUCGGAGCCGUCAGGCAUGCCGUCAGCCAUGCCGACAGCCAUGUCGGAAAAUCUGCCUCGUCGGAACUCACAUCCUCAGACGAUCAUGGCUCUUGUCGCUUCGCUCCUCGCGCUGUCGCUCGCCGUGCCGCAGACAGUCGCCGAGUCCUCUUUUAGUUCGCAGAAGAGGCUCGUUGUCUCAGGCAAUGGGGACGAGUGGGGGGAGUCCACAGGCAGCGACAAGCACCACCAACAGCAGCAACACCAGCAGCAGCAGGAGGGGCAGCAGAAGGGGCAGCAGAAGGGGCAGCAGGGCAGCGGAACAGCAGCCGGGGCGGCAGCAGCAACCCUGGAGGCAGGGCCAGGAAUCCGCAUAGACCCAACUCGAAUCACAAGGCUGUCGUGGCAACCCAGGACCUUCCUGUACUCGGGCUUCCUUUCCCAUGAGGAGUGCGACCACCUCGUCAACCUCGCACGAGACAAGGUGACGCGGUCGUCCGUGGCGGACAACAACAGCGGGAAGAGUGUGCUGAGUGAGAUCCGCACGAGCUCAGGGACGUUCCUCAACAAGUACCAGGACGAGGUGGUGAAGCGCAUCGAGGAGCGCAUCGCCGCCUGGACCUUCCUCCCCAAAGAGCACGGCGAGGCGAUUCAGAUCCUCAAGUACGAGAUCGGGCAGAAGUACGACGCCCACUACGACUAUUUCUUUGACGCGGUCAACACGCAGAUGGGUGGUCACAGGGUGGCCACCGUGCUCAUGUAUCUGACCUCUGUGGACGAAGGGGGCGAGACGGUGUUCCCCAAUGCAAAGCCCAAGCCUCCUUUGGAUGCCUCAUUGACUGACUGCGCAAACAGAGGACUGGCAGUCAAGCCCCAGAAGGGCGACGCGCUGCUCUUCUACUCCCUGCACCCGGACGGCACGACGGACCAGACAUCAUUGCAUGCCAGCUGUCCUGUGAUUCGCGGCGAGAAGUGGUCGGCAACGAAGUGGAUCCACGUGCGCUCCUUCGAGGCGCGGCCCCUCGCGCAGGGGUGCGAGGAUUUGAACCCGAAAUGCGAGGAGUGGGCGGUGCUUGGGGAGUGUAAGAAGAAUCCCGCGUAUAUGCUCGGGGAUGGGGCGUACACUGGGAAUUGCAGAAAAGCUUGCAAGGCGUGCUGAAAAUACUUUUUGGGCCUGCAAGGCAAGCCUUCUGUAUUUCAUGGGUACAAUCUUGCCUUUAUCCUCUUCGCUGUGAAAGAAUAAGAGGAUGAGGGCAAGGCAUUUUAGGUGAAAUGAGCUAAGAUUGGAGGACAUUAUUGAUGAGGAAACGAAGCAUGAAAGGGAGGGCCUGGUGCUAUGUAGUAUGUAGGUUCUGAAUUGGGCUCGUAGCGAAUAUCGAGAUUUUCUUGCC